AUGCUCAAGAAUCUCAAAGAUAAACGGGCCUCCCUUUUCGACUCCAAGGGCUCCAAGGAAGGCCCCUCCGCCAGUGACCGCGACCAAGAUCUGACGUCAAUCCUGGACCGGUCGCAACGCGCCGACCUUACAGUGCUGGUCGCAGAGAUAGCAGAGUCAAUGCGAACCGGCCUUAUCGAUGUGUUUGAGAACUCCAACGAAUUUCCCACUGACAACUCUCCUAUUGCCAAUUCUCCUUCAAACGAAGAUCCAAAAGAAGACUCAAAGGAAGAUUCUCAGAAGGAGCGCGAUGAUGCAACACCAUCCUUGCCGCCUCGGCCGCAGAACGACACCCCGCGAGAAAGCAGCGAUAAACUUGUCAAAGAAAAGAAAAGCCCUGAGCCUGCCAAAGUAGACCCCCGAAAAGAGGCUAUAAAGGCUCAGGCAAAAAAGGACUCUCUUGCUCACCUGGACGACUGGCGAGAUGCCGUUUUGCUGCGCAUCGGCCAAGUCGUUAACAAGGAUAAUGAUGAUGACGACAAAGCCCAGGAUAAAGAUGCCAUUCCUGACGCUGCCAAGCAAGACGAUCUGCCCCUGGGAGAAGAUAGAGAAGAUAAGAAACGGAUGGAGAAACUGCGUCAAGUGUACCGCCCAAUCGAAUCACCACUUGUUCACCUCCCUAAAGCAACACGGCUUCUAAUUCUGCAUUCACUCCUACUGCUACUACUCAGCCUGGAACACUACAAUGCUUACUCGCGUAUCCUGAUGCUCCGUGUCGCAUCCAGCUUGGACAUAGACGUCAAGAUCUUGAACGAAGACGAGGUCAAAGUUGCACGCGGGCUACUUGAUAACGCCCUUGCACUGUCGGGAGCCCCAGAGGACCAGCAAAAGCCCAAGAAACGUGAUGACUCGCGGAAGUGGAAGGUUGGCAUCGCAUCUGUUGCUGGUGCGGCUCUUAUCGGUAUCACCGGUGGUCUUGCAGCCCCGCUCGUAGCUGCGGGCAUUGGGUCCAUUAUGGGUGGACUAGGUCUUGGUGCGACUGCGGCAGCCGGGUAUCUAGGAGCGUUGGCUGGUAGCGGUGUCGUUGUUGGGGGACUUUUCGGGGCGUAUGGAGGUCGGAUGACUGGUCGCAUGAUGGACAAAUACGCCCGCGAAGUUGAAGACUUCGCAUUCAUCCCCAUCCGAGGCUCGCGGAAACGGAUACAGAAAGAAAGCGACGCAGCACGAGAGGAUCAUCGUCUGCGAGUGACGAUUGGGGUUACUGGCUGGCUUAAGGAGGAAUCCAACUUUGUCAUCCCUUGGCGGGUUAUUGGCGCGGACUCGGAGGUUUUCGGUUUGCGCUGGGAAACGAAGUCUUUGAUGACUCUUGGGAAUGCGAUCUCCAGCCUUGUUACGAGCGCAGCAUGGUCGGUUGCGGGCAAACAGGUCCUGUCACGUACCUUUUUCGCAACCAUUAUGAGUGCUGUCAUGCUCCCCAUGGGCCUAAUGAAGGUCGCUCGGAUUGUCGAUAACCCGUUCAGCGUUGCUAAAGCCCGCGCCGACAAGGCCGGCGAGGUUCUGGCAGAUGCGCUGAUCAACAAAGUCCAGGGAGAGCGAUCAGUCACCCUUAUCGGAUACUCGCUUGGCUCUCGCUUGAUAUUCUCUUGCCUCCAAAGCCUGGCACGGAGGGGUGCCUGGGGUCUGGUAGAAUCGGUUAUCUUGCUGGGUAGCCCUGCGCCGUCAGACGCCGAGCACUGGAGAAAUAUCCGCAGUGUCGUCAGCGGUCGCGUCGUGAACGUGUUCUCUAAGAAUGAUGCGGUUCUCGCCUUCCUUUACCGCACUAGCAGUCUCCAACUCGGUGUUGCAGGACUGCAGCGUGUGGAAGGCGUUCCCGGUGUAGAAAACGUGGACGUGAGCGAGAUGAUCAGCGGCCAUCUCCGGUACCAGUUCCUCUUAGGAAAGAUUAUCUCUUCCAUUGGCUUGCAGGACAUCGACAACGGAGAAGCUCAGCGCGAAGAGGCUGCUUUGGAAUUGGAAGAUAAACGCCAGGAAGAACAACGUCUUCGGAAUGAACAGGACGCUGGUGUUCAAGACCGGGAUUCAUCUGCUGCGCGCGAGAUUCUCAACAGUCAAGACGGUUUCAAGGAAGAAACUCGCAUGGAGAAGCAGGUUCAAACCGAUACAGAGGAACAUCUUUCGCAUCGUACCCAGCAGAUGGACAUUGGUGACCAGGACCACGCUUCCCCAUUGGAUGAUCGCUCCGGAAAGUACUCGGCGCUCUGA